GCUGCAAUUUGUCUUCUAUUUUCAACACAGUAGCUUACAUCCCUGGUCAAGGGGUGACAGUGGAGUAUCUCAAGGGAUUUUAGUGACAUGCAGUUGUGUUUUUGGAGUAUCGUAGCUGUUUGUAGUUCAAUGAGUUCAAUCAGUUCAUUCAAUGCACGAGUUUGUGCGUACGUCUAAGCUCCUCUGUAACGUAAAAAUUGUACUCUCGUUGGUUCACGUUAAAGUUUGCCUCACGUGACCAGUAACAUGGCAGCUAAAGUGAAUCAUUUCGAUCCACCGAGUUCAGCGAGUUCCGAGAGCGGUGAUGAGGAAGUUUAUUGGAAUGAACCGGGGAUGUUCUUCGUUGACGAGAUAUACGGGGAUGCCGAACAUUCCAGACGUUCUGACAUCGGGACACCCACGCCGCAAUCACCCCGACCAGCAUCAACGGGGUCUCAGAGAUCACCAAGGUCACGAAGGCAACGUACUACCAGUUUGUCACAGUCUAAUAAAAAGACUGCUGCAGAGUCCAUCCUUAGAAGUAAGACAAGAACAAUAUAUACAGCUGGUAGGCCACCAUGGUAUAAUUCAGCAGGGCAGCAAGUAGAAUCUUUCAUAAUUGGUAUUUGUGGGGGUAGUGCAUCUGGCAAGACUACAGUUGCAACAAAGAUUAUAGAAUCCUUGGAUGUACCAUGGGUAACGCUUCUCAGCAUGGAUUCGUUUUACAAAGUGCUGAAUGAAAAGCAGCAUGAUAUGGCAGCAAAUAAUGAAUACAACUUUGAUCAUCCCGAUGCUUUUGAUUUUGAGCUUCUUAAAACUACUUUACAACGUUUGAAAGAAGGCAGAAUGGUGGAAGUUCCUAUUUACAAUUUUGUAACGCAUAGCAGAGAAAGUAGAACUAAAACAAUGUAUGGUGCCAAUGUCAUUAUAUUCGAGGGAAUAUUUACUUUCUACAAUGUUGACGUUUUAAAGAUGUGCGAUAUGAAGAUAUUUGUCGACACUGACGCCGAUGUGAGGCUCGCGCGGCGAUUACGUAGAGACAUAUCCCAAAGGGGAAGAGAUUUAGAAGGAGUUUUAAAGCAGUAUAGCACUAUGGUGCAACCUGCUUUUUAUUAUUAUAUAGCACCAUUAAUGAUUCACGCGGAUAUUAUCGUGCCCCGUGGGGGAGAAAAUGAGGUUGCGAUAGAGCUUAUUGUACAGCAUGUACAUACUCAACUUCAAUUGAGAGGUUUUAAGCUCAGAGAAAAGUUAGCUCAUUCAUAUAUUGGUCAGCCAUUGCCAUCUUCUCUAUUCCUACUUCCAGACACACCACAAAUUAAAGGUUUACACACAUUUAUAAGAAACAAGGAAACAUAUAGAGAUGAAUUUAUAUUUUAUUCCAAACGUUUAAUACGUUUAGUUAUCGAGUAUGCGUUAUCCCUUUUGCCUUUUGAGGAUGUAACAGUAGAAACACCUCAAGGGGUAUUGUAUCAGGGAAAGCGUGGCGCUACUGAUAAAAUAUGUGGUGUUUCAAUUUUGCGUGCUGGUGAAACCAUGGAACAAGCUGUUAGGGAUGUAUGUAAGGAUAUAAGAAUAGGAAAAAUUCUUAUACAAACGAACCAGCAUACUGGAGAACCAGAGCUUUAUUACCUUCGAUUACCAAGGGACAUUAGAGAUUAUAAAGUGAUACUGAUGGACGCGACGGUAGCAACAGGUGCUGCCGCCAUUAUGGCUAUCCGAGUUUUAUUGGAUCACGAUGUCGCCGAAGAAAACGUACUACUUGUGUCUUUACUAAUGGCGGAGUCUGGUGUACAUUCUAUCGCUUACGCAUUUCCACGCGUCAAAAUUGUAACGUCUGCCUUAGAUCCUGUGAUAAAUGAGAAGUUCUACGUGUUACCCGGUAUUGGUAACUUCGGGGAUCGAUACUUCGGAACCGAGCCAUCUUCGAGUGACAACUAACGCAGCUUAAGAUCUUAGUUCUGAAUUUACAUAAUUGUUUAAUCUAUUAUUCUAAUGCAAAUACAGUUGUCUUGAAUAUCUUUAAUAAAAUUUGUGUUACACUUGGGAACAUGCGAUAUA